GGGAGGCUGCCUCAUGGAGCUCUGCAUUCAGCUCAGCAUCAUCAUGUUGGGGAAGCAGCUGAUCCAGAAUAACAUCUUUGAGAUCGGAGUCCCGAAACUAAAGAAACUAUUUCGGAAGCUGAAAGAUGAGACAGAACCUGGAGAAACUGACUCAGCCCACUCAAAGCAUCCAGAGCAGUGGGACCUAGACUACAGCUUGGAGCCAUACACUGGACUGACUCCAGAGUACAUGGAGAUGAUCAUCCAGUUUGGCUUUGUCACCCUCUUUGUGGCCUCCUUCCCUCUGGCACCUGUGUUUGCCCUCCUCAACAAUGUCAUUGAAGUGCGGCUUGAUGCAAAGAAGUUUGUGACUGAGCUGAGACGGCCAGAUGCCGUGAGAACCAAAGAUAUUGGGAUUUGGUUUGACAUUCUCUCCGGAAUCGGCAAGUUCUCUGUUAUCAGCAACGCUUUUGUCAUUGCCAUCACCUCUGACUUCAUCCCCCGUCUCGUGUACCAGUAUGCCUAUAGUCACAACGGGACCCUGCACGGCUUUGUCAACCACACCCUCUCCUUUUUCAACGUCAGCCAGCUGAAGGAGGGAACACAACCAGAAAACUCACAGUUUGACCAGGAAGUUCAGUUCUGCAGGUUUAAGGAUUACCGAGAGCCGCCGUGGGCCCCAAACCCGUAUGAGUUUUCCAAACAGUACUGGUCCAUUCUGUCUGCCCGUCUGGCUUUUGUCAUAAUCUUCCAGAACCUCGUGAUGUUCCUGAGUGUCCUCGUGGAUUGGAUGAUCCCAGAUAUCCCCACGGACAUCAGCGACCAGAUCAAGAAAGAAAAGGGCCUGUUGGUGGACUUCUUCCUGAAGGAGGAGCACGAGAAACUCAAGCUGACGGAUGAGCCAGCCCCAAGGAGCCUGGGAGGGGGGCGUCGGAGCAGGAGCCGGGCAGCCAGCUCGGCACCCUCGGGCCGAAGCCAGCCAGGCAGCAUUGCAUCUUCUGCCUCACAGCACACCAACGUGUGAGCGAGUCGACCCCACCACGGGGGCUGCCACAGUGGCAGGGGACCUCACGGAGCAUGCCUGUGCACCUGCAUGGGAGGGCUGGCUGGCGUCUGCCAGGGCCCGGCCUCAGGGGGGUCUUUGCAAAGGUGCAUUUGUGCAAAGAAAGAGGGGUUAGAGCGAGCGAGCGAGCAAGCACAAGCAGGAAGAGAACUGGAGCUGCUUCUCAGAAACUUCAAGCUUAAGUUCCUUUUAGGUCCUCUUUGUAUCCUUUUGGGGGAUCAGCACCCCAUUUUGAGUCACCCGGUGCAAGAACUGGGUAUCUCUACCCCAGAGCUCCCAGACGCCAUGCACCUUCCUUGCGUUUCCUCAGGUGUCCCCUCUCACGUGGUCACAGUCUGUGAGAGGAGCAAGCCCCCCUCCUGAGCGAUCCCUCUCCCCUUCCCACCAGCUCCCCAAGCAGACCCCUCUGAGUCGCUUGCAGCUGGGACUGUCACAGCCUCAGUGGGUACAAAUUAAGUCACAGGGCUGAUGGCUGUGGCCACAGGACUUGAUGGUGAGUGGCAGAGGUCCCAACCUGAGCUUGUCUCCAUGUCAUGGGGAUGCUUUGAGCUUGUGAACUAACCAUCACUUUAUGCAGGUUCAGAUUUAAAGUAAUAAAAUAAAUCAAAACAUUCUUUAUA